AUGUGCUGCUCUCCUUGCUGUCAGCCCACCUGCUGUAGGCCCAGCUGCUGCCAGCCUUGCUGCCGCCCAGCUUGCUGUCAAACCACCUGCUGCACCACCACCUGCUGCAAACCCUGCUGCCCCCCUUGCUGCUGCAAGCCCUGCUGCCCCCCACCUUGCUGCUGUAAGCCCUGCUGCCCCCCACCUACCUGCUGCAAACCCUGCUGCUCCCCUUGUUGCUGCAAGCCCUGUUGCCCCCCACCUACCUGCUGCAAACCCUGCUGCUCCCCUUGUUGCUGCAAGCCCUGUUGCCCCCCACCUUGCUGCUGCAAACCCUGCUGCCCCCCACCUUGCUGCUGCAAGUCCUGCUGCUCCCAGCCAUGCUGUGGCACUCCCUGCUGCCAGCCAGCUUGCUGCACCCCAGUGCACUGCCACAGAACCUGCUACCACCCUACAUGCUGCCACCUGGUUGGGUGCCUCCCUGAGAGCUUUGGUUGCACCUCCUCAGGCCAGUCCUGUUGCUGCUAA